AUGGAUCCAUCAAUUGUCACUCAACUCAUUGAUAUUCUCCGUAUCAAUCCGUAUUCUAUUUUUUUCCGGUCUCUUGGUGAUUUGCCAAAUUUGGAAAAUCAAAUAAUUCAUAUAAGAUCAGAUGCUGGACUAGAUCAACGUGUAUUCAAUGCCCCCACAUCUUCACAAGUUGCAGCAAUAUGGGUAGAAAAUGAUGAUGAAGAUCAACUAAGAGGACGUGACAUUUUUGUCUUUAACUAUUCUGGUGGAAGUCAUAUAGUUCAGUACUAUUUUGGGUGUUAUGAUCCAUUACAAUAUCCGUUGUUAUUUCCAUUUGGCGAUGUUGGUUGGCAUCAAGGGAUUGAAAGGGUUAGUAGAGGAAGGAGAUCUACAUAUAACGAAACAAACGGAUCAAUAAAUCCUCAACAAUCAGUGACUGCAGAAGAAUUACUUGCAAGAGAACAACGAGUAGAUAUGUAUGUUAAGAUCGAGACAUCAAGAUUAGAUUAUUUUAGGAAGAAGCAACAACAUAUUCGAUCAGAGUUAUAUCAAGGUAUUGUUGAUACAAUUACGCUUGGAGAAACAAACGCUUCUAAUGUUGGAAAACGGAUUAUACUGCCUUCAUCAUUUAUUGGAGGUCCAAGAGACAUGAGAAAAAUAUAUAUGGAAGCAAUGGCUUUAGUUCAGCGUUAUGGCAAACCAGACAUUUUCUUAACAAUGACGUGCAAUCCAAAUUGGAAAGAAAUUACAAAUGAACUAAAUCUGCAUGAGGAGAGUCAGAAUCGACCUGAUUUGGUUGCUCGAGUCUUUCGUGCAAAAUUAGAAGAAUUAAAGGAUCAAUUAUUCAAGAGGAAAAUAUUUGGUAAAGUCUCAGCAUAUGUCUACGUUAUUGAGCAUCAAAAGAGAGGUCUUCCACAUGCACAUUUUUUAAUUAUCUUACAGAAGGAUUGGAAGGUCUAUGCGCCUGAAUCUUUUGACGAGAUCGUAUCAGUAGAGAUACCUGAUAAAAAUACAAACUUGCACUUGCAUAACGCUGUUGUAAAGCAUAUGAUGCAUGGGCCAUGUGGAGUGUUGAACCCAUCAAAUGUUUGCAUGAAGAAAAAUGGUUGUUGCAAAAGUAAUUAUCCAAAAAAUUACACAUCUACUACAACCGUUGGAAAUGAUUGA